AUGGCGCCUUCAGCUACCAUGACAGAAACGACGAUGCACCAGCUUUCGAACGUCAAGCUGGCUACCAAGGAAGUACCACCCGCGGUCGAGGCGGCGCCCACCGACUCUUCGUCAUGGGCCCAAGAUGUACACUUUCUGGGUGACAAGGACGGCAAGGUCAAGCUGCGAAGCCCGCCGUCCUUUCACAACGUCGAGGAUACCCGCACGUAUAUGAAACAGCACCUCGCCGCGGCGUUUCGGGUGUUCGCCAAGCAAGGCUUCGAUGAAGGCGUCGCUGGCCAUAUCUCGCUGCGUGAUCCUGAAAAUCCGGAGCAUUUCUGGAUCAACCCACUUUCAACGCACUUCUCGCAGAUCCGGGUCUCUGACCUUGUGCUGGUGAGCGAGAAUGGCGAAGUCCUGCCCGGCGGCGCACAGAGCGCCAUCAAUGGGCCGGCGUUCGCCAUCCACAGCGCCAUCCACCGGGCACGACCGGACCUGAAUGCGGCCUGUCACGCCCACAGUGUCUACGGCAAGGCGUUCAGUUGCUUCGGGCGUCCGAUCGAGAUGCUCUACCAGGACGCCCUGCGGUUCUACAACGAUCUGGCCGUCUACCCGCGCUACGGAGGCACGGUCCUGACGGCAGAAGAAGGCGAACGGAUCGCAAAAGCACUGGGUCCUACCUGUCGAAGCGUCAUCUUGCAGAACCAUGGCAUGAUCACAUGUGGUCGGACCGUCGACGAGGCGGCCUUCUUGUUCAUAGCUCUGGACCGCUGCUGCCACGCCCAGAUGCUCGCCAACGCCGCGACUUGUCCGGGUUUUGAGAAGAAGUACAUUGCCAAGGAGGAGGCAGAAUUCACGCAUAAGAAAAGCGGGAACUCGAAUAAGAUGUGGCUGGCUUUCCAGCCUUACUACGAUCAAGUUGUAGCCGAAGAUCCGAGAGUGUUGGAAUGA